AUGCUCAUCCCACGCGAGGACCGCAAGAAGAUCCACGAAUACCUCUUUCGUGAGGGUGUCGCCGUCGCCCAGAAGAACUAUGAGCUGCCCAAGCACCCUGACAUUGAUGUGAAGAACCUCUAUGUCAUCAAGGCUUGCCAAUCUCUCACCUCCCGUGGCUACCUCAAGACCCAGUUCUCCUGGCAAUACUACUACUACACCUUGACUCCCGAGGGUCUUGACUACCUGCGCGAAUGGCUCCAUCUGCCCGCUGAGAUUGUCCCCGCGACGCACAUCAAGCAGCAACGAUCCCACGCCCCUCCUCGUGGCAUGAUGGGUGGUGACGAGCGCGAACGACGCGGCGGUGGCCGUGGCGGUCCUAGAGGAGACCGUGAGGGCGGAUACCGUCGUCGUGACGCCGGCGAGAAGGAGGGUGGUGCUCCAGGCGAAUUCGCUCCCACUUUCCGUGGUGGGUUCGGCCGUGGACGUGGUGCUGCUCCCAGCUCCUAG